ACAUUGCGGAGCACCUGUCAUGCGUCUCAUCGACACAAGAACACUCGAACUCGGAUGGUUCAAUGACAAUGAAAUCCCUACCUACGCCAUUCUCUCCCACACAUGGGGCCCAGAUGAAGUCAGCCACCAAGAAUAUGUUUGGAUCAGCAGAGCCCGCACACUUUCAGCAUCAUCCAUGCCAGUCUCUUUAUCGCAGAACGAUCAACAUGCGCAAGCAUCUCUCAUGCUGGCCCUGGAAAUGAUGAUCCGAGGGAAUUCUGGGGCAUUGUCAGGGGGCAUGUCGGAAAGCGAUCUCAUGAAGCGUGUUGGCUACAGCAAAAUCAUCAAUGCAGCCGAGCAAGCGCGGGGCCAGGGCUGCAACUAUCUUUGGGUGGAUACAUGUUGUAUAGACAAGACGUCAAGCGCCGAGCUGCAAGAGGCCAUCAAUUCCAUGUACCGCUGGUACAGGGACGCAGAAGUGUGCAUCGUUUAUCUUGGCGACAUUGCCAAAAACCAUGGUGACUUCAGGACAGCCUCGGAAAUCGCGAGAUGCGCUUUUACGAAUAGCAGAUGGACGCAACGUGGAUGGACUCUUCAAGAGCUUAUAGCGCCUGUUUUAUGCCGCUUCUAUCUCCAGGAUUGGACAUUGAUGGGCGAGAAGGUCGAGUUCUUGAAAGAGUUGUCGGAUGUGACUAACAUACCGGUCCAUAUUCUUGAGGAUUCCAGGUCACUUAGUGAAGUUUCGGUGGCAGAAAGAAUGUCUUGGGCUGCGCAUCGUCAGAGCACGCGCAUUGAGGAUGUGGCAUAUAGCUUACUCGGUAUCUUCGAUAUUCACAUGCCGCUUUUGUAUGGGGAAGGCGAAAAGGCCUUUGUCAGGCUACAAGAAGAGGUACUCAAAACGACCGACGACUACUCACUGUUCUCAUGGCGUGCAAAUGAGUCACGGCAGUCUACAUACCGGGGCCUGCUUGCACGAAGUCCGGCUGAGUUCCAGCACUGUCAUUCUAUCGAGCGCGAGAACGUCAUGUCCACCUUUCCUAUCGCCUCGACGCCUAUAGGUCUCUGUGUCCAGCUCGAGUUUCUACCCGACGUAAAAGAUAAGAGCCGUGUACUGGCUAUGAUCCGAUCAAGCAAUUCCAUGAGCCAGCGCUUAGCCAUCACACUGAAAUGUCUCGAUGGCGGCACGCAAUACGCACGUGUCGACGCUGGAACCCUCACUGCAAUCGAUAACUGGCCAACCGGUCAACUAAGGACCAUUUACGUCCGACAGAAACUCUCCAUCCCCCCAAGUUUCACAACCACAGACUUCAAAUGCUUCCACAUCCAACGUCGGAUAUCAAACCAAAUCACACCCGCCGUCCGCAUAAUCAGUGUCACACCCCGCGCUGCCUGGAGCGAGGCUUUGCACGAGCUUCGCAUUCCCGAAAACGUCACCGAGUUCUGGGGCGCCCUCCUCCUUCGCGUACAGUCAGCUACAUAUGCGCAUUCCCUCAAUUACCCAGUCGCAUUUGGCUUCAACCGCGCAACUAGCCACUACUGGUGCAAAGCCGUCUCUGUACCACAACAAUCGCAGAACAGCUAUUCAAUUGGAACCUGGCCUCAAGCCGUCAAAGUGCGAAUCCCAGACUACGUAUACGACCCGCUGCGCGGAAACGACGUGCGAAGCGAUAUGUUUCUCGUCGGAGACAGCGACUUAGCUAUCAACAUAAGUAUUAGCGCUGGUUUAUGUGGUGAUGAUAUCGCACUGAAUGUUUACAUCGAUGGGCUGGUGCAAUGGCAAUGAAAACCUCUUGCUUACCAGUAUUCCCUCCUCGCCUUCUCCUUCGACUGAGUCUCUUUCAGAAAUUCCCAUCAGCCUUCCGACUCGCAAUUAUAUCAGCACUGGCACAUCCAUCCUAUCUUGAACUCCAGAGUCUCGCCCUGCACCUCGAUCCACUCGUCCUCUAGUUGUAUUUGUAUAUAAUUGAGAGCGGUGGACCAGAUGUCUUCUCGUGUGCAGGUGGUGAAGUUGAAUGUGAGAUUUUCCCGGCGGUUGGCGCAGUCUGUGGUGAUUGUUAUAAACACAGAGGGCUGUCAUGCGUUUUUCGAGGGAUUUGAGGGUUGCGGCGGUGGAGGGAGAUAGGGGAGAGUGUAAGGAGGGUUUCGUGGAUGUGGUUGUGCAAGGCAUUGUAGAUGAUAUGAAGGUUAUGAAUGGAGUGUAGAGAAUGUAGCGAGAAGGCG